UUAACGAAGUUUCCAGACAGCGAAGGCCCUCUUGAUAAAAAAUGAUGUGAGCGGGAAAGCAAUUUGCUUGAUUAUGUAGAACAGUGCAGGGAGUUGAGUCUGGAGAAUAGGGAUGAUAGAAGGGGGAGGUUGGGGGCAGGGUAGCAUAAAUCGCUGACGCUUGACGCCAAAGCAGAUUUGUCGCAUAAGUCAUGUCAAAUUACGAGAGAGUCAAGGGAACAGACAGCAGGGAGCAGGGAACAGAGCAGCAGGGAGCAGUAGAAAGAAAGGCUUGCCACCGAAAGUGGCACACAAAAUCUGAAAAAUUACAUUCAAUUAAAGGUAAGAGGGAAAACGGUGGCGUUGACGUUAGUCCUUGUUUGACAAGCAUUUUUUAUGAGAGUUUUUAAUGAAUUUAUUUUAAGUUCUUCUAGCAAAUGUGUUAAAUUUAUGAUAAAUAAUUGUUUUUUUUUUAAGAAACUAAAAAUUGAAAUCGACUUUACAAAAAUGUUUCCUUAGAAUUUGAAUCCUAAGCAUGCUUUGAUUUUCUUACCAUUCUCAGUUAAUAUUUCCCCAACACAUGUCAAAGAUACACCUAAUCUUGAUACUCUUAAUCCUUCCAUUGACCAAAUCCAAGUACAACGGAUCUCUUGACAUAAUAUGCGUGGAUUGCAAGAAGGUUCUCACCGAUUGCGAAAUUUCAACAACCGGACAUAUAUGCAGAGUAGCUAGAAAUUCGCCUCGCACUCAUUGGACUCACAAGCCCGAGUAUCAUCUGGAUUUGCGAAAAUGCAUUCCGAAAGAAGAGAAAGUUUUGUGUGUUGAGGAUAGAAAUUUUAGAUAUGCCAGCGUUUGGUCUCCCUCACUUGGCUGCCAAUUGAUUAUUCAUUCUUCUUUUAUCACCCGAAUGAACUGUCAUGGAUCCUCAAGGCACUGUCCUUGCCAGAAAAGAGAAUCUUCAGCAAAGGAUAUAAGUUCAUUGGCAGUCAUGAUUUGCUUAAAUUUGGUAAUAGUGGGCUUAACUUCUAAAUUUGUGAUUUGAUAUAAUCGUAUAUUGUACCUAAUGUAGUUCCAAAAGUGUUUUAGCAAGGAAUUGAAUUUCUUUUCCAUUUUAUCUUACAAUUUUAAGCAGUUUAAAGUAAAUUCUUUGGACAUUAAUGAUUUAGUUUAGUCUGCCUGAAAUUGUAUGAUAAAAACGAACAAAAUUGUAUAAAAAUAUUUACUAAGAAAACAGAAACCCUUCCCUCCUUUCUUUGUCAUUUCUUUUCCAAUUUCGAAAAUAAAACCAAACCAAAAAUGCUUAAACUCAAAAAUGAUAAAGUUAUACCUAACUCUUAUACUUUUUGGUCUGCUAAAACCACUAACAACACUUAAAUUAGAUGGUGAAAAUGCCACAAUAUGCGUUGACUGUUCUAAGGACGACUAUGUUGAUUGUAGAAUUGGGACUACGGGCUUUGAAUGCUUUGUCGAUGACAUGCUCUACAAGGAAAUAAGAAGCACUGAUUUAAGUCCUUUCGAAACCUUAGAUUUGAAGGUAUGCAUUCCAGACGAUUUAAAGAUUGAUUGCAUUAAAGAUGAAAAAUUCGAAAAAGUCAUCGUUUGGUCUCCUGAACUCGGCUGUCAAAUAGUGAAUAAAAAGGGCCACAAAGAACAUACAUGUUUCAGUGCCAGUUUGAUAUGUCCAUGCAUUAAGGAUAAAAAAGGAUCUGGAAAUGUUCAUAAGAACUGUUGGCUUGUGUCUACUAUCAUAGCCUUAAUGCAACUGUAUUUUAAUUAAAAUCUCAGUAGAGGAUAAUAAUAAAAUUCAUUUUUACUUUCCCUUAACAUUACCUUAAUAAUCCUCCCUCAAAAGUGAUGACUUCAUCUCUGACAGCCAUUUCUAGAACUCCAUUUACACCAUUUAUUUGGUGCCAACCUAAUCGACCCAACUCUGGCCCGAGGAACAUUUCAAAUCAUCAUCUGACCAUGAUUGAAAAGUCACCGCCCUGUGUCUGCUCAUCCCUGAAUUUUCCUACUCCCCUCGCUAAACGCAAACCAUUGGCAUUGCAAAUGCCUUUGGCCCAAGUGUCGUGCCAUUUAAAUGAGCUUGUCAAGUCGGAUUUCAGCACAUUAAUCACCACGCACAUCCAAAAGAUAUAUAUAAGAUAUAUAUAUAUAUCUAUAUAAAUACAGUGAGGGGAAGUGUGAAAAGGGGACCUGACUCUGGUUAAUGGCCAAAGAAAAGGAUGGGGCGUGGCAGCUAUUAGCACAACGGCGAAAGCUAAACAAAUUACUUGUGGACCCAAAUGACAGCCAGAAACAAUUUCUGGCCACUUUGCCAGCUAAAAUCAUCGUCUUUUGCGUCU